UUUUUCUUUCUUUACAUGCUCUCUCUCCUAUUUAAUAGGCCUCGGCCCCUCCCUCCUCGCCGCUACAUUUCCAUCGGUCUCUUCUCUCCCCUCUCCUGCCCAUCUUCUGUCCCUGAUAUUCCUGAUCUGCCUCAGCCCUCAAGUCAGUCCCCGGUCUUGCUCUACAUCGCCAUGGCCGGCGGCACCGCCACCGUCUGCUCCAUGUGCGGCGACGUCGGGUUCCCCGACAAGCUCUUCCAGUGCGCGCGCUGCCGCUACCGCUUCCAGCACUCCUAUUGCACGAACUACUACGGCGACGGGGCGCCGGCGUCGGCGGGGGCCGACAUGUGCGACUGGUGCCUCGGCGACGUCGCCGGGAAUAAGGCGAGGAGGUGCGGCUCCGCAUCUGGGAAGCAGCAGGCCUCUGGAAGCCAGGACUCAAUCACGACGAGCUCCUCCGGCAGGGCCGACAAGGCGGCCAGCGGCGGCGACCAGGAGAGCGGCCGGCGGGUGUCGACCAAGGUGGGCGGCCGCAGGUACAAGCUGCUCAAGGAUGUCCUGUGUUAGUACUUAGUUGUAGGUCUUGCGAUUGCGAACCUGAGCAGCAAAAUAACACUAGCAAGCUAGUCAUGAGGAUUGAGCAGUUAGCUUAUAUUAUAGCCAAGGCAGGUAGUUAGUUUGAUCGUUGUGCAUAGUAUAUGCGUAUUGUAUACGUCUAGUGUUUGUUUGUGUGUGUGUUAGGAGGAAGUUGCUGCUUAUAUAUGGAACCUCGAUCUGGCUUGGUUUCCCUUA